UGCUGUUUUAACUGCGAUGCACAUUCAUGCAGGAUAGCUGAAUUUGCCGACCCCCUAUAAAGCCGUUCAUGGUUUGGGUGGGGUGGGCUGGGGGGGCAGAGAAAGUCGAGACGGCGAGAGAGGAACCGGGAGAAGAGAGACUGCAACGGAGAGUAUUUUGUUCCCUUUCUCCGAGGAGCAACCUGUGGGUUUUUUGAAAGAGAAAAACAAAACAUCGCAUGAAGAGAGUUGCAUGUGUGUUAGCUGGGAGAGGUUGGGGAAGCUUGUGUGACUGGCACUCAUCUCCUGCCCUAGGAGGGCCGCCCGGUGGGGGGGUUUCCUGCACAGCACAAUGGCUCGCAUGAACCGCCCGGCACCUGUGGAAGUUUGCUACAAGCACAUGAGGUUUCUCAUCACUCACAACCCUACAAACGCCACCUUGAAUGCCUUCAUAGAGGAACUGAAGAAGUACAGUGUGACCACUGUGGUGAGAGUGUGCGAGGUCACGUAUGACAAGAGCCCGCUGGAGAAGGAUGGCAUUGCAGUAAUGGAUUGGCCUUUCGACGAUGGUGCUCCACCUCCAACCAAAGUAGUGGAUGAUUGGCUCAGUUUGCUUAAGACUAAGUUUUGUGAAGACCCCGGUAGCUGCGUGGCUGUCCACUGCGUCGCUGGCCUUGGACGGGCUCCAGUACUGGUAGCACUUGCUCUCAUUGAAAGUGGAAUGAAGUAUGAAGAUGCCAUUCAGUUCAUCAGACAGAAACGCCGAGGGGCUAUCAACAGCAAGCAGCUCUCCUACCUGGAAAAGUACCGGCCAAAGAUGAGACUUCGGUUCAAGAACCCACACCAUCACAAGAACAAAUGCUCUGUUAUGUGAACCGUGGACACUUUUCAGCCCAAGAGUAGUUUACAGCGAUAUUUUUUAAAGGAAAAACAAAUAAAGAGAUUGCCAUUGGAUUUCCUGCCUUCAAAAUCCAAUCAGAUGAUUUUUUUUGUUUUAGUAACUUGAAUAUUUAUUUAUACUCGGAUCAUUGAUCCAGAAUGAAAGUCGGUGGAAAUACUCGGGCCUGGGUUUAAACUCGGGACUGACUGACUGACUGUGCUGCACAAGCUCAGACUCCUGCAAUAUUGCCUUUUUUUGUGCUCGCAAAAGCCUCUGAUUUUAAGCAUUGUUCCUCCAGGAGAUUGCGUGGUGAACUAAGCAACAUUUAAUCACACAAAAAACACAAACUUGUAAAUAGGAUGGAAAUCGAUUAGAUUAAAUAAUGUCUCCGAGUUAGUGGUCCACUGGUGGAGAAUAUUGAAUGUGAAGGUUCGUUUCUCAAGGUAGGUGGGGUUGGGAGGGGGGUGAGUAGUAAAUGUGGCAAAGAUCGUCACUUGAAUUAGCUGCUUCCAAACUGGGGUGGAGGGGAGAGACUGUUGUGUGCAACGAGUAGCUCAGAGACCUGAGCCUCUGAGUUCUGUAACUUUUCCACCUUUGGACUUGCCAGCACUUUUACCAGCACUGCUAUCUUGUGCAAUGUAUACACGUCCACUUUAAAAUCACUUGUUAGCCCUGCAAGCCAGGCCAUAAAAUGGGUAAACUAUGCCAUUACAGGCAUUAGCUGGUUAAAUGCCAGCAGUUAUCCAAAUGCAAACUCUGGCGUCCCCAAGCCUUGGCUCUUGCCAACCUGUGUGUGUGUGUGUGUGUGUGUAAUACUCCCCCAAAUUAGGUAACUGGGGGGAGAGAGCACAUUAAUUCCAAAUGCAGGGAAAAUUCACGUGUAGGUGUCCUACAUAUGUAGAACUGUGUUUGGUUUGGAUAGUUAUAAGCAUGAUGAUAGGUUUCUGCACGUGUCUGAUACCCAGCUGACACCCCACAAACAGGGUAAAAACAAACAGAAUCUGCUAGAGGCCUUGCAUCUUUUUUUCUUUCAGAAGGGGAGUUGGGGAGCGGUGGGGGGAGAGAGAUGUCGUGCAACCAAGACAUUUCCCGUUGAUAUUGAAUGCUCUGGUUGUUUCUGUGGUAUUGAUCUGUGAGCUUCAUUCACUCAAGCUGAUCUGACCAUAAAGUUACCGAGCAUUUAUUGUAUCGGGCAAGAAAAGUAGUUCUGCUUCUGACCAUUUCAGGCAUCGGGUGAAUUGUUUUUAAUGUUGGGGCUUAGGGAGCCAACUCUCUACUGUUCACAGGCUGUCAGCAGAGGUGUACGAGCCUCGACAGUGUUUUGUUACAGAUGAUGGUUUGCACACAAAGUAGCCAUCUAUUUCAGCCUGGCUCAUUCAGGAGCGCUCUCGCCUCUAUAAAUCAGAUUGUUGCGGGUUCAAGCCCCACAUCAGGACUUGGAGUUCACAGUUCAGGCUGGCGCUCCAAUGCAGUGCUGGGGACGUGUUGCAUUGUCGGAGGUGAGGCCCUUCAGAUAAGCGUUAAAACUGACGUUCCACCUGCCUGUGCAGAUUAAAGAUUUCACGGGAAGAGAAGGGAGUUUCACCCAGUGUCCUGGCCAACAAUUCCUCAGAUUAAAAUUGGUUAAUCGUUUCACAGGUGUUCGUGGGACAGUGCAACAAGAUGCACACUUCCUAGUAAAAUUCUGUGAAGCGUUUUGAGACGUUUCAACAUGAUGAGGCAAUAGCUUUAUCAAAUGAAAGGAUUAUUACAAUGGGGUUAUUAUAUCACUCCUUCCACACUUCCCCGCCUCAGAGUAGAGUGGAUAAAUAGUUAGAAGGUCUUUGUCAAAUUCAGUAACCAGCACAAUCUGACCGCUCUCACUUUUUGACAUCAUUUGAUGACUUUCAUGUGAAUCUAUUCGGGACGUGCCAGGUUCUGAAGUGGAGCACGGCCUUUCUCUUGAGGUGCCUGCAGGCGACUGAAAUGGAUGUGAGCCUUCUCCACUCUUAUCGUGGUUUGAUUUAUUAAGGAAAUAAAGCAAAAACUUUUAAUAGUUGCAACGGAAAAAAAAACGUUUUAAAUACCAUCAUAAUAUGCACAGCAGAAAUGCAGUACGUACAGGCUGUGAGCAAUUGUGUAGCUUGUUCACUGUUUGUGUACAUAUCGGUCUGGUUUGAUUUGACUUUUUUUUGAUUACUCCACGGUCGACUUAGUUUGAUUUUGUUUUUCUUUAAAUUAAAGGGAAAAGUUACACAAGCGA